AUGGUGACAAUCGUGCUGGGGUCCCAAUGGGGGGACGAAGGAAAGGGCAAGAUCACUGAUCUGCUCUCACAGAAUGCUGAGCUCUGCUGCCGGUCUGCUGGCGGACACAAUGCCGGCCACACCAUUGUCCACGAUGACAUCACCUACGACUUCCAUAUCCUGCCCUCUGGCCUCGUAUCGCCUACCUGCGUCAACUUGAUCGGUGCCGGAACCGUCGUCCAUCUACCGAGCUUCUUCAAGGAAUUGGCUUCUCUCGACGGGAAAGGGUUGAACAACACCCGGGAGCGUGUGUUCAUCAGUGAUCGUGCACAAAUCUGUUUCGACCUACAUGCCGUUGUAGAUGGACUAGAGGAGGCCGGACUCGGUAAACGCAAGGUAGGGACCACUGGGAAGGGAAUCGGUCCUUGCUACAGUGACAAGGCCGCAAGGCGGGGUGUCAGGAUCGGUGAUAUCUUGGAUGAAGGUGUGUUGGAGUCUAAGCUAAGGAGCUUGGAAGCUGGUUACCGGAGAAGAUUCGGCGACUUGGACUACAAUGUCGAAGACGAGAUUGCUAGAUUCAAGGAAUACCGAAAUCUCCUAAAACCACAUAUUGUCGAUCAAUUGAGCCUCAUCAAGAAGUUCGAGGACAAGUCCGCCUCUAUCCUAGUUGAAGGUGCCAACGCCCUGAUGCUCGACAUCGACUACGGAACGUACCCAUACGUAACGUCCUCCUGCACCGGACUCGGCGGAGCCAUUCAGGGAGUCUGCCUAAACCCGACCGCGAUCAAAUCCAUAGUUGGCGUCGUCAAAGCCUACUGCACACGCGUUGGCUCCGGCCCCUUCCCCACCGAACAGCUCAACGAGAUCGGUGAAAGAUUGCAGGUUGCCGGUCGUGAAUUCGGCGUAACGACCGGGCGUAAAAGACGUUGCGGUUGGCUAGAUAUGGUCUUGCUAAAAUACAGCACGAGAAUCAACCACUACACCGCGCUCAACUUGACCAAGCUCGACAUCUUGGACGAUUUUGAUGAGAUCAAAGUCGCUGUCGCCUACAAGCUUGACGGCAAGGAGCUCGAGUCUUUCCCGGCUAGCGCUGAAGCCCUAGAAAAUGUUGAGAUGGUCUACGAGACUCUUCCAGGAUGGAAGUCGACGACCAUGGGUAUCUCCAAGUGGGAAGAUCUCCCAACGAAUGCUCAGAAAUAUGUUGAAUAUAUCGAGCGUUCGAUCGGUGGUGUUCCCAUCAAAUGGAUCGGAACUGGGCCAGCUAGAUCGCACAUGAUUGACCGCAAUUAG